AUGACAGAUUUCAAAGAACAUCAUAAUGAGCAUUGCUGGAACCAUAACGAAGACAGCCAGUGUCUGAUGCGAGUAGCAAACCAGCCUGGAUUAUUGUUGGUGAUAGAAGCUGCUGGUAAGACUGUGCUAGCGAAAUGGAGAACAUUAGAGGGUGCAGCCGAGGUAGAUGACUAUCCAUCAUUUAAUGAAGGUUCGAACUACUCGCUGUCGCAGCGCAUACCAAAGCUUUUUCCGCUCGUAAUUGAUUCUGUUGAUGAUGGAAAAGUAAAAAGCGCAGAGUGUUCAGACAUCGUGAAUUUGUACAUAAAGCACAACGCAAAGAUGAAUGCAGGCUGGAAAAUUGAAGAGGAACGCUCACUGCUUAACAAGCCAAGUAUCGAUAUCAACUAA